CAAAAUCAAAAGAAAAGAAACGAAAAAAAAAAUCGGACGAACGAGACACUCUCGCCACGGUCAGGCGCCACAGCGGGGCAGAAUGAUGCCGCCGGCGGCGCUCGUCCGGCGCCUGACCACGGCCGCGGCGCCGCUCUCCGACCUCACGGACGCGCUCCUCGCCACCCGCCUCGCCAACCACCUCCUCACCACGCCGCACAUCCCGCCGGCCCUCCUGCCCGCCGCGCCGCUGCCGCUCCCCGUCCGCCUCCACGUCCUCCGCCACCCGGCCCUCCCGCCCACCUCCAAGCUCUCCUUCUUCCUCGCCGCCACGCCGCCCGCCUCCCCGCACCUCGCCGCCACCUUCCCCGUCCUGCUCCGCGCGCUCGCCACGCACUCCCCUCCGCUCCUCGACGCGCUCCUCCCCUUCGCGCUCUCCUCCCCGUCCCCCGACGCCCUCCUGCCCCGCCUGCUCUCCGCGCUCCUCUCCGCCUCCCGCCUCGACGCCGCGCUCGCACUCCUCCAAGACGCCCCUCCCGACCUCCUCCCCCGCCUCGCCGCCGCCGCCAUCCCUUCCCUCAUCGCCUCCCCUGACCCCAUCUCCGCCGUCCCCGCCAUCCGCAGGCUGCUUCCCAUCGCCUCCCACCCGCCUCACGUCCGAGCCACCAACCGCCUCCUCCUCGCCUUGUCCAAGGAGAACCUCCACGAUGACUUCUGCCAUGUGUUCGACGAAAUGUCAAGGAGGGGCCUUCCUUCCAACUUGAGGUUCUACAACAUUUGCAUCCACGCCUUCGGCAAGUGGAAGCGCCUGGAUAAGUCCCUCAAGCUCUUCGCGGCCAUGAAAGCUGCCUCUCCUCCGCUUGUGCCAGAUAUAUGCACGUACAAUUCGGUCAUACGUGUGCUUGUGAUCGGCGGGAGGGUGGCUGACGCUUUGGUGGUCUUUGAUGAAAUGAAGUUGGCUGGGAUCCACCCAGACGUGUUCACUUACCGCGCAGUCGUGGAUGGGUGCUGCAAGAGUUUCAGGAUGGAUGACGCACUGCGUCUGUUUCAGGAGAUGCGCGGGGGCACCGGGCUGAAGGGGGAUGUCGUCGUGUACAAUUCGCUUCUGGAUGGACUCUUCAAAGCAAAGAGGCUUGAUGAGGCAUGUGGUUUUUUCGAGACAAUGGUGGCGGAUGGGAUCCAAUGCUCAGCGAGCACACACAACACCGUGAUCGAUGGGCUGUUCAAGAACGGGAGGGCAGAAGCUGCAUGUCGGCUGUUCUAUGAGCUAAGGAAGAAAGGUCAGCUAUUGGAUGGGAUUGCAUACAGUAUUAUGGUAAGGGAGUUCUGCAAGGAGGGCACAGGGGACCAAGUUGCAGAGGCAGUCAGUUUGGUCAAGGAGAUGGAAGAUCGGGGCUUUGUUAUUGAUUUGGUUACCGUUACAUCAUUACUUCUAGGUUUUAACAAGAGUAGACGGUGGGAUUUGGAAGAGAAGAUAGUGAAGAUCAUAAGAGAUAGCUCUGUCUUGCCAGAUGCCAUCCGAUGGAAGUCCAACAUGAUGGAUGCCUUGACAGGACCACAAGAUAGAGCGAAAGAUGGAACAUCAAUCUUUCCAUUUGAUGGUAAUAUGAACGAUGUGAUGAGUUUGCUCAAUCCUGCAGUAUGCACUGAUACAAAUGAAGGAACCACACAUAAUGAACCCAAGGAUGAUUGGUCUUUGUCCCCACACUUAGAUCAUCUUGCCAAACAUGCUGACCAUUCAAAUAAUUCUGCUAUAUUUACAGUACACAGAGGUCAGAGGGUGGAAGGCAUGGGGGGUAAAACUUUCGAUGCUGACAUGGUUAAUACAUAUAUGUCAAUCUUUUUGGCCAAAGGGAAGUUGAGUGUAGCCUGCAAGUUAUUUGAGAUCUUUACAAAUCUGGGAAGGAAAGGGACAAGUUAUACAUACAAUUCACUGAUGGCCUCAUUUGUCAAGAAGGGGUAUUUGAAGCAGGUCUGGGCAGUUCUUCACGAGAGGGGUGGACAGCUCUGCCCCAAUGACAUAGCAACAUACAAUCUGAUAAUUCAAGGUCUUGGCCAGAUGGGGAAAACAGAGGUUGCUAGCUCAAUCAUGGAACAAUUGUCAAAGAAAGGUGUUUACAUGGAUAUUGUUAUGUACAAUACUUUGAUCAAUCAAUUGGGAAAGGUCGGGAAGGUUGAAGAAGCAAACUGUUUGCUUGAGCAGAUUACCACAAGGGGCAUGAGACCAGAUCUUGUUACUUUUAAUACCUUGAUCAAUAUUAAUGCGAAAGCUGGUAGGUUGAAGGAAGCCGACAAGUAUUUGAGGAGGAUGAUUGCAGAAGGCAUUGCUCCAAAUCACGUAACGGAAACAAUAAUGAUUUUCCUUGAUAAGGAGAUUCAAAAGAAAAAACAGCAAUCUAAAUGAACUACUGAAAAAGCACGAAUAAUGUCAGUGCAACGAAGGCUUUUUCAAGAUACUAUAUUGGCGAAAAGGGACAGUUGUUGUGACAAACUCUAUGGAGAGGUAGCUCUGUUGUGAAUUGAAAAUGCCAUGAGAUGUACAAGAUUACAACGACACAAAUGAGCCAUGCAUCUUCCAGACAUUUGAGCACAUGAAACUGAAUAGGAGAUGCUGCAAAGUCACCGCAUUCAGGAAAACAUAACAAAUCAAAGCAUUGUAAAUGUGGGAACUGUUGUCUUCUGCUUGUAGCUUCGGGUUCUGUUAUGGUUUAUCGAAGCAGAGUGAUCAUUGCACUGAUUUACGUGACCUCAGACUACCUGAGCACUGAGCAGUCUCUCCCCUGCAAAGAGGUGAAAUGGAAAACAACUUCAGCCAGUUUUAGAAUCUUAUCGUUAAAGGAAUUUUUAGCAGUCAGCGAGCGGAAGGACUACACUUGAAGUCGUUAAGGAAUUCUGUUGUCCACUCAGAAAUUCGUCUUUGAGUGGUUCAGCACUCAGUUUGUUCUCUGAACCCUGUAGUGCCAAAAGAGACUUGAUACAGUGUGAAGGUGGAGGUCAAAAGAUGGACGGUUUUAGCUGUGAAUUAACACAAGUGGAGAACUGAUCUGGAUGUAUUGUGGGUGCUCUCACAUGUUAAACAUGCCUAGCAGAGUAACAGGAGUAGAAGCAAGGGUGUGUGCCAUGUGCAUUAUUGAAGUAUUGAGUGCUACGCAGAUAUGUUCCGUUUGGACUUCAUGUGCAGCAACAUUUCUGCUGCGUCCUUCAUCUCCUCUUUGAAUGUGUGGUUGCUAGACAACUGUAGCUUGAUAUCUGUGAGAUGGAUGACAUUAGUUUGCAAUUAAUUCCUAGCACAUUGGCAGGUUAGCAGUAACAUGAUAUUUUGAAGUAGAGGGGGGUUGUGGUUUGUGGAGAAAAACGUGAAUCCAAGAACAGUGGCAGCUGCUUUGCUGGGACUGGAAGCUGGCUGUUACUUCUAUGUAGCACUUCUCCAGGAUGCUGAAUUUCAGGCCGAUUCAGGCCCCAAGUCAAGUAACCAUGGAGGACAUGAAGCGCCUUUUGGUUCAGAUUGAGAAGAGAAUGUGAGUGGAGCUGUGUAACUUUGUCCGAUUUGCUAUGCACCACAUAUCUGAAGCAACAACCCUACGACUGUUUACUUCAGUUCUCAAUGUUCUUUGGUAAAUUGGUGCUACCAAUUCUACAUAGUAUAGACGAAUAAAACAAAUAUUUUGGGUGAAAUCCGAGUCUUUCCAGUUGACCUUCUGUGCGAUUGUUUUAAAUUACGAGGUUGCUUCGUAGCGGCAAUUGUCCGACGUUGUUUCUUGUGGCAACUGUAUAAUCCAAAUCCAGCAGUAACUUUUGGGUUGCUCAUCCUUUUACUGCAUCCUGACAAUGCUAAAUUAUUCAGAGCAAA